UCAAAUAGCUUGGCCCAGAAGAAAAUAAGCCACGCGUCCGGGAAAAGAUCCAGGCAUAGUCGAACGGAAUUGCAAAAUCCGGCGAGUUUCACAGGCUUUCUGCCUUUCUCCACGCACAAUUAGUCCUUUUUGUUCUUUCCUUAGAUCACUGACAAAGAUACCCAAAGUGGGAUAAGGUCACCGUGCACGAACUAAAAAGGUUUGAAGCUUCGAUCACUGUUCAGAAGCUCACUCAACCCUCCUCCACUAAAACCUCUUGUCAUGGGCUGUCUUCAUUUCCAGCUUCCUCAAAUGGGUUUGUUGGAAAAGCCUCGUAGCUCCAUUUUUCUCAACAAACACUAUCGUUGCUCCCUCAUGGCAAGUCCUGGUUUGUAUCCAAAAGUUUCAUGUGGUUUAAGGAGUGGACCAAGAAAACCUUUAUGGAGAUCGAGGGUUCUGUCCACAGAAGCAAUACAAGCGGUUCAAUCGCUGAAGUUGGCGAAAUCCAAUUCUAAAUUAGAUGAGGUGUUCAGUAGCAGACUUAGCAGGCUCUUGAAAGCCGAUUUGAUAGCUACCUUGAUGGAGCUACAGAGGCAAAACGAGUUCGAAUUAGCCCUCAAGGUAUUCAAGUUUGUACAAAAGGAGGUGUGGUAUAAACCGGAUCUGUUCUUAUAUUGUGACAUGAUCUUUAUGUUGGGAAAGAAUAAGUUGAUUGCAAUGGCAGAAGAACUUUUUGUAGAACUUAGGGAUGAAGGAUUAGAACCUAAUACCAGGGCUUACACUGAGAUGAUUGGAGCAUUUCUACAAGUGGGUAUGGUAGAAAAGGCAAUGGAGACAUAUGCAUCAAUGAAGGAAUCAGGCUGUAUCCCAGAUAAGUUAACUUUAACUAUUUUGAUUAGGAACCUUGAGAAGGCUGGAGAAAAAGAGCUUGCAUCAACUGUAAAGAAGGAUUGUGAUGAAUAUGUGGAUUAUCCAGAAAAUUUUCUUGAUGAAAUUGGAAAGAAACAUCCAAAGAAGAGGACCGUCGAGCUUGUUUGAGAACAAUAGCCAAUUGCACUACUGAACCAUUUAUUUGCAGUGAAGAUUAGUGUUGGAACAUGGAAGGAACUUUGACGACGUGAACAGAUGUGGUAGCUCCAUUCUUUAAUAUUUUUAUAUGUUCAACAUUUUCCCUCCUGCGUACAAAAUGGACAGGAAGCUAUAUUUAUUUGUUAUUUUUUAUUAAUUGGUGUGGACAGUGAGCUCUUCACAAUCUUGUUACUUUAUGUGGGCAAGAAGAAUUUACAUCA